CCCCCCCAGCCUUUGAUGUAACUGAGUGCAAAUCUCGCUGCAAAAUAGCAAAGGUGAUAUUUAGGAAGACGCCGCGGACACGAGCGGUUGCGCUGUGGCGCGGUGACUUGUGCUCUUGCCGGCUUUGAAUUUCCAAUAGUCCAGGAGGUAUGUCUCUUCAAGGAUUGAGCGCUGUACCACCUCUCUAACCCGAUUCUGAAUGUCAACUGCUUCAAAUACCAGCCCCGCCGCCAAGCAGCUCCUGUGUUUUGUUUCUAACCAAGUGCUGCCAGCCAACAUAGAAAGCUUCCCGCGGGGAACACCACUGCCAGAAUACAUUUACCUUGCCUUAUUUAUCGGAGCAGAUAUAGAUAGGGAUUAGGAGAUGCCAUCACAGGCCAGGACGCCGAGACUUUGGGUUUUAAGAUGGUGACAUUGUUGGACACCCUCGGCAAAUGACGAUUUAUGAUUCAUUAAAGUGAAAUCAGGAAGAUCUGGGUUCAUCCCUGUGGUCCACUGAUGGGGCAUAUUCCCUCCUGACCGAAGAUUUUAAAUUCCAGUAUUUUCACCUUCCAUCAUAAUGCAUUCCUGAACAUUGAAGAUGGUUUUCCUACUGCGGCUCAUGGUUUUACUGACAGUGGAAGAUGUUUUCAGGAACUUUGACUUUAGCGUGUCUGCCCAGUCGGGUGAGCGAAGGGUAGUUGCCCACCAGCCGGGAGACAUCAUUAUUGGCGCCUUGUUUUCAGUUCACCACCAGCCACCUGCGGACAAGGUCCACGAGAGGAAAUGCGGAGCCAUAAGGGAGCAAUAUGGGAUUCAAAGGGUUGAAGCCAUGCUUCACACACUGGAUCGCAUUAAUGCAGAUGACAUGUUGCUACCAAACAUAACGUUGGGAUGUGAGAUUAGGGAUUCAUGCUGGCAUUCCGCCGUGGCUCUGGAACAAAGCAUUGAGUUUAUAAGAGAUUCUCUAAUCUCCAAUGAGGAGGAAGAGGGAAUCGUCCGCUGUGUGGAUGGAACUACGGUACCAUUCCGAGCCAAAAAGCCCAUAGUUGGAGUUAUUGGGCCAGGUUCCAGCUCUGUUGCCAUUCAAGUGCAGAACCUACUGCAACUCUUUAACAUACCUCAGAUUGCGUACUCUGCCACGAGUAUGGACUUAAGCGAUAAAACGUUAUUUAAAUAUUUUGUAAGGGUGGUGUCAUCUGAUGCCCGCCAAGCCCGUGCCAUGGUUGACAUUGUGAAGAGAUACAACUGGACCUACAUCUCUGCGAUCCAUACAGAAGGUAAUUAUGGAGAAAGUGGCAUGGAAGCUUUUAAAGAGAUGGCAGCAAAAGAGGGAAUCUGCAUUGCUCAAUCCUACAAAAUCUACAGCAAUGCUGGGGAACAGAGCUUUGAUAAGCUUUUGAGGAAACUGCGCAGUCAACUACCAAAAGCCCGAGUUGUGGCUUGCUUUUGUGAGGGCAUGACAAUACGAGGGCUGCUGCUAUCUAUGAGGCGACUUGGAUCAGUGGGAGAGUUCCAACUGAUUGGCAGUGACGGCUGGGCAGAUAGGUAUGAUGUGAUAGACGGCUACCAGCGAGAAGCUGUGGGAGGUAUAACAAUCAAACUCCAAUCCCCUGAUGUCGCCUGGUUCGAUGAUUACUACCUUGAGCUGCGGCCAGAGACCCACUUUAAAAAUCCAUGGUUCACUGAGUUUUGGCAACAUAAAUUUCAGUGCAGGCUGAAAAACCUACAGCAGGAAAAUUCUGAAUAUAACAGGACCUGUGAUGGAACAGAGUCAUUACAAGAGCAGUACGUCCAAGACACCAAAAUGGGAUUUGUGAUAAAUGCGAUUUAUUCCAUGGCCCAUGCUCUACACAACAUGCAGCAAAGCCUAUGCCCAGGGGUUAAUGGGCUGUGUGAAGCAAUGAAACCUGUUGAUGGGAGAAUACUACUAGAAUUUCUCAUGAAAAUCAACUUUACCGGGGUAUCUGGAGAUUACAUCUCUUUUGAUGAGAAUGGAGAUUCACCAGGAAGGUAUGAAAUCAUGAACUUUAAAAAGCUGAGAAAAGGCACUUUUGACUAUAUUAACGUUGGAAGUUGGGACAAUGGGGAGCUGAAAAUGGAUGAUGCUAAAAUUUGGGCCAGUAAAGAUAUUGUUGUCCAGUCUGUCUGCAGUGACCCGUGUGCCAAAGCUGAAAUAAAGGUGAUCCGGAAAGGAGAAGUAAGCUGUUGUUGGACUUGUACCCCAUGUAAGGAAAAUGAAUUUGUGUUUGAUGAAUACACCUGCCAAGCUUGUCCCCAAGGUUCUUGGCCUACUGAUGAUCUCACAGACUGUGAAAAUAUUCCAGUGAAAUACCUCAGAUGGGGAGACCCUGAGCCCAUUGCUGCUGUAGUCUUCGCCUGCCUCGGUCUCUUGGCCACCAUGUUUGUGAUGUUUAUAUUUAUGGUAUACCGCGACACUCCUGUGGUCAAGUCAUCCAGCCGAGAGCUUUGCUACAUCAUUCUAGUGGGAAUCUUCCUGGGAUAUCUGUGUACCUUCUCUCUCAUUGCCAAGCCCCAAAAGAUUUACUGCUAUCUUCAGAGAAUUGGCAUCGGUCUGUCCCCCGCCAUGAGCUAUUCUGCUUUGGUGACAAAAACCAAUCGAAUUGCGCGAAUCCUCGCUGGAAGCAAAAAGAAGAUCUGCACUAAGAAGCCCAGGUUUAUGAGUGCUUGCGCCCAGCUGGUUAUUGCCUCCAUGCUGAUAUGCAUUCAGCUAGGGAUAAUUGUUUCUCUUUUCAUAAUGGAGCCACCAGAAGUCAUUCAUGAUUACCCGACUAUCCGAGAUGUUAAGCUGAUAUGUAACACCACCAACAUAGCCGUCGUUGCUCCCCUUGGAUACAAUGGUCUGCUGAUUUUAAGCUGCACUUUCUAUGCUUUUAAAACUCGGAACGUCCCUGCCAAUUUCAAUGAAGCAAAGUACAUUGCAUUUACCAUGUACACAACCUGUAUCAUUUGGCUCGCCUUUGUUCCCAUCUACUUUGGAAGCAAUUACAAGAUCAUUACCAUGUGUUUCUCUGUUAGUCUAAGUGCCACAGUGGCACUGGGCUGUAUGUUUGUUCCGAAGGUCUAUAUCAUUCUGGCCAAGCCUGAACGGAAUGUGCGCAGCGCAUUUACCACCUCGACUGUUGUCCGGAUGCAUGUUGGUGAUGGAAAGUCAUCCUCUGCUGCUAGCCGUUCCAGCAGUUUGGUUAACCUAUGGAAAAGGAGAGGUUCAUCGGGAGAAACUCUAAGCUCUAAUGGGAAAUCUGUAACCUGGGCUCAGAGUGAGCGUACUUCUCGAGGUCACCACUUAUGGAAGAGGCUGUCUGUUCAUAUAAAGAAAAAGGACAGUACCUCAAAACAGUCAGCACUCAUCAAACCUUACUCCAAGAGCUCUGAGAGUCGGCAAAGCAGCCAUAGCUAUCCAGACUCAAAUAUUAAAGGUCUGUAUGAUGUUUCUGAGGCAGAGGAACAUUAUCCUGUCCAAUAUGUACCGCAGACACCUUCGCCCAUCAGUAUCGUAAGCCACAGGGCCGGAUCUGUCAGCCACAGGGCCGGAUCUGUCAGCCGGGCAGAAAACGACAUGCCCGCAUUCCAGUCUGAGCACGUGCAGAGGAGCAGCUCAUCCCAAGGUUCUCUGAUGGAGCAGAUCAGUAGUGUGGUAAACCGCUUCACAGCCAACAUCAGUGAGCUGAAUUCCAUGAUGCUUUCAACAGCUCCUUCAGGUGUCAUAGGAGCAUCCCCCAUCUGCCCAUCAUAUCUGCUUCCAAAGGAGAUACAGCUACCUGCGCCCAUCACAACCUUUGCGGAUAUCCAACCUCUUCCAGCUAUAGAGGUGAAUGGCCGAUCGCAGCCUGCAGGUGGUGCUUCAAACACAAGCGUCAAAGAUGGCACUUCUGAGACUUCAGUGGUUAAGACAGACUUUGAGGAGCUUGUAGCGCUUACUCCUCCCUCACCCUUCAGAGACUCUGUCGAUUCAGGGAGUGGGUCACCCACUUCUCCUGUGUCAGAAUCUGCACUUUGCAUUCCAUCGUCCCCCAGGUACAACACUCUUGUUCUGCGUGAUUAUACUCAAAGUUCCUCUUCUCUGUGAAUGUAUAAUGACUGAUGAUCUAAAGAUGAGCUGAAACUAAAAAGAAAUCUGCGAACCUUCAUUGAUUUUAACCUAAACAUAAUUUGUUUUACUCAUGUCAACAAAUAUUGGCAAAGAUUCUCCAUUGGUUGAAGGUGGGAUUACUAUGAAUGUUGGAAUCAAUUGAAUUCCACAAGCAGUUUGAGAACAGCAUUUUGGUAGAAAACUGUCUGCUAGUGGCCUUAAACCUUGUGGGUUCCUAUCACGUGGAUUUUUACUUGUAUUUAGAAAGAGGGCUGGGAAGAGAAUGACUUGGUUAGAUGAUGUUCAUUGACAUGUGCAUUGCUCACAAUAAGAGUUAUUCAAGAAAACACAGUUGCAGUUAAAGUUGACUUACAGACUUCAGCAAUCUGCUACAAAGAUUGUUACUUCCCAUCUCCCUGAUGUGAAACUGAAAAUCUUCUCAAAAGUUUGAGACCAAAAAUGAAUGUAAAUUUGUAAGAUGAGGAUCAAAGUAUCCGGGACCAAAAGGACUUCCAUUUUUGUAUGAAAGAAGUUGGGUGAUCCAUGGAAAAGGAUUAUGUCUAUGACCAGCUUGUAAACAGCUGGAAAGGACAUGUAUAUACAUUAUAUGAAACAUAUCAUCUUGUAUUAGGAGCAGAUUGUUUAAGUUGCAGUAUCCCUUAACCUUGGCUCGUGGAUUUUUUUAAACUGUCAAGAUAAUAUUUAUACAAGCAACAUUGAACAUGUUGAUGUGGUUGACAGUGCUUUACAUUGCUCAGCUAUGGAGGAUGUUUUACUACAUUUAUUGUACCCUGAAUGUUCAAGCAAUUUUAUAAGGCACUGAAAUUUAAUUAUUCUUUGUGACAUGAUGGUUUCUUAAAUCUUGUGACAAUUAUGUGGUUGGAUUUGAUUGCACUAUCAGAUCAUUUUAUAUUGUUUAGUAAGUUUAAUUAAAUUUAACAUGAACAAUCCUUUAAUUAAAAACACUGAAAAAUCUUUCACAUGGAUACUCAGAGGAUAUUACAUUAAUUAGCACUAUAGAAUACAUGGCUUAAUUUUUUCAUUUUAUAGUAAUAAUUUAAAAUCCAGAUCUUUUUGCCUAAGUUUAUACUGAUAAUGCUACCAGAACCGGUAGACUCGCAUUGCUAUAUGCAUGAGGAGAUCAAGUAAACAAUUCAAAUGCAUUAGAAGUAAUGGGCAUGGCACUUUUCAAGCUCGACAUCAUCUUUUAAUUGCUCAUUUGCAUUUAAAUCUUAGCGCAUGAGUAAAUUGGAAUCAAACUUUCUUGGUGUUCAUGCAAUUGUAAUUGAAACUGUAUGGAUAAUUUCCAAUAUUUUCCCAGUUUCUUUGGCCAUUGUAUGGUUGGCUUUAUUAGACUGUAGUAGGAAAGGCUGAACAAUAUCACUUACCUUAUUUAGAAUGUGGGUACCUUCUGUAUAAAAAAUAGCUGACGAAAAUUUGAUCAUUACUUGGAACAUAAUGUUCUUGGUGAACAUGGUCAUAUACCAUCAUCACAUUCAUAAUCUAAUUUUUCCAAACUAAGGGAAAACCCAAUUAUUAUUUUAUAAAAGUCAACUUAUCAUUUGGGGCAGAAAUUAUCAUUUCUUGAGUCAAAUGGAAAAUGUUGUUAAUAACGUCAUAUCAAAAUCUGAUUAUUCUUUGAAAUGGCUUAGCAAUCGAUAUAUAGAUAGGGCCAACCAAAGGGAUACUGCAGCUUUAAAUUACUCCCAUAACACGUGUUAAUGUUUUAAAUAAUGCAAAAAAAAGCCUUGAGAUUCAAAGCUUUUGCCGAAGAACAGUGUAUAUUGAGAUAAAUGCUCAGAGGUUCAUGUGAGUGUGCAGGAAUUAGAAUGCACACGUGUUGGUGCAUAGUGAAAUAAACAAGAUACGGGAAUAGUCAAGAACAUUAACAAAGUCCAAACAAUGCAAAAAAAAAUUGGCGGUUGGUUUAGUAUUUAAUCUUAUUGGAGAUGGUUCUUUGAUUGAUACAAGGUACAUAAAAAAAUAGAAUUGAAUAUGGUUUGCUGCAAGUUUGCAGUUACGGUUUACCUGUUAUUUGCCCAGUUCUAGGAUGAUGACAUCUUGACCACCACAGUUUUAAAUUCCUUGAGUAACUUUCUUCAAACAUCUUAAACUUUUUGCCUUCAUAAAAUUUAUGCUUACUCAAUUUGAUUUUUCUAAAAGAGGGAUCAGACUGGUGAAGGCAAAACCAAUUAAUAAGAUUUAAACAAUUUUUACUUCAAAUAGUUUAAAUUUUCAAUCAUUGUUACUGCUCCCACGUAUAUCUUUAAAUUUUAAAAAAUGUUCAGUUGGUUUACAGAAUUUAUCAAUCCUGUUGAUAGAUAAGAAACAUGAACAGCAAUUUCAAGUUAGGCAGUAUAUGUGGGGAGAAGAGAACUUUAAGUGUCAAAGUUGUCAACCCUUCUUUAAAAUAUUCAGUUUUCAGGAGAUGUUUGUACUCAAAACGAUAACUCAUUUCUCACUCUAGAAAUUCUACCUGCUCUCCUAAUUACUUCCAGUGUUUUCUGUUUUUGUCUUUGUGACAAAGAUGUUUUCUCUUUUAUUAUAGUUUACAGUAUCUUUUUAACAUAAACCUCUUUACAGUCAUUCAAGCAUAAAUGGAUUGGAUUUUAGUUACAACCUGUCGAAGAUUGAUAUUAUCUUAACACUUUUUUGGAGGAAUACAGAUAAGAUCAUUCCAUUUCACACAUACUAUUUUAUAUUGAGGAGAUUGUUGGUGCAUUUCUCCUGUGAAAUCUAUAUCAGUACUGCAACAGAUUGAUCAAUACAUAAUUUCAGUUAAUAAUCCAUAUACACAUGUGAAUAAUUUUACACUUUUCAUAAAUUUACAGUCUGGUGGGAAUAACUGUCUUUAUUUUAACACUUUCUGGAUUCUCCUCUAAAUCUGAAUCUACAGCAUUAAUCUGGUGCUUCAUACAAACGUUAUUGUACUUCCAUACAAUCCACUUUAGCUUGGGGGGCAGAGGAGUAAAAACUGCAUCUUUUCACUCCUCUUUCUCUUUCUUUCUGUACUAUUCACAUUGCAUUGUUUCUUGCCAGUUGCUUGUUCUGUUGCUGGACAAGAUGAUAUCAUGAUGAUUGCUCUGCACACAGAAGAGUAGAGAAACAACUACUUUAUAUCCAUGAACUCUGUGCUGCACGGGCUUUUGUGUAAUAACAAAAAAACUGGUAAAUACUGAUGAACAAUAAUGAAGUGUGAAGGUGUGCAUUGUUGAAUGAUUUGAGCUCAGUAUGCUCUGAGAGUUUAUAAAGUGCUCAUUGUAAAUUAUGAUACCAUGAAUGCAGUCAUAAGGGACAACUCUGAUCUUUCCUGCAGAAUUAGGAUUUUAUACAGCUUUUUGACACCAAAUGCUCAUUACAACUUUGCAUAAAAUGCAAUUCCUCUGGAAAAAAAAUCCUACAUGAUCUCCAAAUUCCAAGUAAUAAGAUAAAUAGUCCAUAUCUUACACGUUGAAAAAUGAAAUAUUUUCUGUAACUAACUUUAUUAUAAUUCGAAGGUCACUAAAUUCCAAUGGUAUCCCCUAAAUAAAAAUGGCAAUGCUUUUUGCUCUUGGAAGUCUACAACAGUUGUUCCAUAAAAAUUAGCUGGACUCAAACAAGAGUAAUGUACCACCUAUACUUUGCACACCUUUUAAUUCAUUAUAUGGCUUGACGACAAAGGCAUCAGUAGAACAGAAAGCUUACACUUCCAGAAGUUCACAGGUGAAGAUGUUGGACAACUUGUACUACUGAAAAUAUACUAUACUGUUGAUGACAAACUGGGGGCGCAUCUGUAAAGAACGUAGCCCCAUUUUAUUUGUGUUUAAAUUGAUUAUCAAUGUUUUGAAAGUGCAAAACUGUGACAAGGUAUAUUAGAUUAAAGCAAUAAUGAACGCAAAACUAGUAUCAGUACAGGCUCUGUCACAAUAAAUCCUGUAUGUUUUGUGAUAACUUUAAAUUUUAAAAAACUAAAAUCCAAACAUCUUUGAGUUCAUUAUUGUGUAAUACAUCUAUAUUAAUAUAUUGUCUAGUUUACAUACUAUAUUGUAUAAAAUGCAAGGAUUAACAUAUAUUCUUGUAUUGUUAACAGUGACUAGAGAUCAUGGCCACAUGUAGUUACUAAGGUGAAUUCCAGAGAUGGUUCAGUAAAUGAAGAACAAUUAUUGGCACAGUUACUUUGCUUCUUCCUUUAGUGAUCACUGUCCCUGCUAUUGUCACCUUAGCAACAGCCUUAGUAAUACUGUGCAGACAUUAUAUCCAUGGGCACAUGCAACAUUUUGCUGCGAUUGAUCAAAUAGAUGUGGAAUGUGUUAUGUAACCACUUUAAACAAAGGCAGCAGUUGAUUUUUGCAAUGGCACUUGCCAUGUUUCUCUAAUGCUGGUAAUAUUUUUGAUUGUUGUUUUUAAGAAGACAAGCAUAACAGUGCCAACUUUUAGAUUUUAUUGUGAGCUUCAAGUGCUUCUACUUUUGUUACUUAUCUUUGAUACGUUGUGAAAUUUUAAUCUCUUUUGUGAAAUGGCAGACUGCAUUAUUUUCUAGUUUCCUGAGUAUCUCAGAUAUAAAAGGUGAGGGGAUAGGGAAAAAAGAUUUAGGGGUUUCUUUUUGGCGAUAUUUUACCUACAUGAUCUUAUUGUGCUACCUCUAUUAUCAUUGGUCCAAAAUUCUUUCUGCUUAAUUAUGGCCUCAUGAAAUCUGGACGCAUUGGAUGUGUCAUUAUUUCAAGAAUAAGAUGGGAUGCUUUUGAUACUUUUGAAUGCUACAAAGCACUGCCUGACUAUUUUAUCACUGUGGGAAUGAUUCACAAUUCAUUUUAUUCUUUGUGGUAAUGAGCAUCAUCAAGCUUAUCAAUAAUUGUAUGAAAUUAAUGGUUGAGUAGUUGCUAAGAAGCUUGAAACUUAUUCAGUCUGCCUUAAUGCCAGUACAGUAUUAAUUUUGUUAUGUAGAAUGUAAAAAAUGUGGAACUUGAUACAUUUUUGGUACUAUGUGCUGCCGUUCUUUUCCAGCAAACCCGUUUAGCUUUGUAAAUGCAAAAAAAAGGUAAAUUAUUUCAACCAUUUCUAGUGGCACAUUUUGCUGUUUGUCAGUAAAUUGUUUUCUCCUGUUAAAACAUGUGAAGUGUUUAUGUAUGAUACAAUGAGUUUUUUGAAUAUUAAAACUAUAUUAUAGAAAUAUGUUUAUCAUUGAUGCAUUGUUAUCAGUGUGGGAUAGAAUUCUUAACUAGAGUUGCAAACACUCUGUCACCCACACCAAUAUAUUGUAGUAAGCAUAUUUAAAUUAAUGGGAUGUCAUCAAUAGUGCAUUGAUACUUGUAUACUUUUGAUUGAAAAUAAUGGCUUGGACAAUCUUACUUUAAAUUGUAAUUUCCAUUCAAUCCUUUAUGGCUUCUAUAAUUCUUAUCAUUCUAGUUCAUAAAGAAGGGCCUAUGCUGUAAAUGAAGCUUGCAUAAUUUCCCAAUAGUUAAAAAUAAAAAGCUAAUUAUUCUUUAAAUGUUAACUUGUUUCGAUAAAAAUAAAUAGGAACUCAA